CAUACAAUAAUACGGAAGUAGUGGCUCAACACAGCACGACCCGUCGAUAUUUUUGUCUUAUACAUUGGCCCUUCAUCAUUAUUUAUAUCCUGAAUGUAUUAACAUGAGCACUGAAGACAAACCCACUAAAAAGGCCCUUUAAUGCAUCGUCUCAGUCCGCUGUAGUUGGAUGUGUUAUUGUUUGCAGCGUUCUUGUUUUGUCUCUGUGGUUUGUCAAAGGUGCUCUGUGGACAGGUACUCAGUCUCUGUGGACAGGUACUCAGUCUCUAUGGACAGGUACUCAGUCCAAAAAGUCAUCGGGGAAGGUUCGUUCGGUCGGGCUUUGUUAGUCCGCUGUGAAAGCAGUCAGGAUAAAUAUGUGGUCAAAGAAAUCCCGCUGCCAAAGAAUCGGUCCAAAUUGGAAAAUUCAAGGCGAGAAGCCGUGCUGCUGUCCAGAAUGAAACAUCCAAAUAUCGUGGCUUUCAGAGAAGCAUUGGAAGCCGAUGACCUCCUGUGGAUCGUUAUGGAGUACUGCAGUGGUGGAGACCUGCUCCAGAAGAUCCAGAGACAGAAAGCUACACAGUUCUGUGUUGAUGAUAUCCUGAGGUGGUUUGCUCAGAUGUGUUCUGCUGCACAGCACAUCCAUAACAAACGGGUUUUGCACAGAGAUCUGAAGUCAAAGAACAUUUUCCUGACAGAUAAUGAGACAAUCAAGCUCGGGGACUUUGGCUCGGCGUGUAUUCUGAACAGCUCAAAGGCCUACGCUCAAACAUAUGUUGGGACACCGUAUUAUGUGGCUCCAGAAAUCUGGGACAACAAGCCAUACAACAAUAAGAGUGAUGUGUGGUCUCUGGGCUGCGUCCUCUACGAGCUCUGCACCCUGCGACACCCGUUCCAGGCCUCCAGCUGGAAGAGUCUAAUUCUGAAGGUGUGUCGGGGUGCAUACCCUCCCCUCCCCAAGCACCUGCCCUAUGAGCUGCAGUAUUUGAUCAAACAGAUGUUCAAGACCAACCCAAAAGACCGGCCCUCCCUACACACCAUCCUCACCUCCCAUCGUGUUUCCAGACUGCUGCGCACACAUCUGCCCUCUCAGGCGAUAGAGACGGAGCGACAGGGGGGGCGUCCGGGUCGAUGGGAUAGGGAAGAGGGACAGAAGGUGGCUGAUCUUCUGGGAAAGAAAAGUUUAAUAAAAACUUCAACAUUUGAAGGCGUGGAGUCACCUGGAGCUCACUGUGAAAGCAGAGACCCGGGUCCUCGAAAGCAGUGGGCGGCUGAGCCUUCAGACACGGUGCUGAACAUGUUGGCCAAUGCCAGCCUCAUCUCUUCUGACAGCCUGGCAUCAGCCACUCAGUCCAGCACAGGUUCAUCAUUUUCACUUCCUAAUUUUUUGCAAAAAAAAAAAAACCAACACACAAGACGAUGGCAGACAGAUCCUCCUGAGAGACUCUUGAAUCUGUUGGAGAAAGCUCAGCUGAACAGAGCCUUCAGCACCUUUUUGAUAAACAAAGGAGGUGAGGACCUUCUGGUGGGGCCUCUCUCUCAGCCGCAGGGCGAUGACACCGAUGGUCUGGAGCCGGAGUUGGCAGUGGAUGACCGACUGCUUCCUCGAUCUGAUGAUGAGGACACAGACUUUGAGGACGACUCUCCACGUGACUGGAUUGAUGAAGUCGAGAAAAUGGUUUCAGAACACUAAAGACGCAUUUCUUCUGAGCGUACACAACCACAGGGUCGCUACUAUUUAUGUAACUGUAAUUAAAUAAAGCUGAUUUCACUUGACAAAUACAUUUCAUUGAUGAAUGAGAGGCCAAGUAUCUCUCUGAUAAAUGAGGACAACUUUUACUGUAGGUUUUAUACAACUUUACAAUUGGAGGACUCCAGCCUCCAUUUAUGGUGCACGCACACUAACCACUAGGCUACUGGUGCCCCCAGUUUGUUUUUUUUAUAUCAAAGGUUGUAUGGUCUGCACUGAUAUUUAUGAAGUUGUUGCUUUGCUUCAAUAAAACACUAACAUUUCAAA